CGUAGAAAUGCCUACGCCGGAGCCAACGAAGGCAGGACCGCCUCCCACGGGAUCCCACCGCAAUAAAGAGCCUCGACUCGCGGGCCGGAACGGAGUCGUGUGCUGUCUUCGGUUAGGUUCUCGUGUCGCGUGCGUCUCCGGCGGCCGAGAGCUUCUAUCCUGCUCGUCUUGCAUCCUCUCGAGAAUCGUCGGUUCAUGUGGGGUUUGGCCUCGACGGUCUGUUGUUCGGUUGUUUCUUCGUUCUUCUCUACUUUCCUUGGGGGUUGUUCGGCAAAGAUGGGAGUAGCCGAGAUUGCGGAGGCGAUCGAGGUCGCGGAGCGGAUUCCCAAGGAAGCGAAGCGGAUCCUCUACGAUUUGGCGUCGGCGUGGGUCGACGUCAAGGAUUCCAAGGCGUUGGAGGUGGUGCAGCUCAAGGGGGCGAUGACGAACGAGGUGUACCAGGUCAACUGGCCCACCCAGUCCAAGGACGGCGUCUCCCGGAAGGUGCUGGUCCGGAUCUACGGCGAGGGAGUGGACGUCUUCUUCGAUCGCGAGAACGAGAUCCAGACGUUCGAGUGCAUGUCGCAGCACGGGCAGGGGCCGCUGCUGCUCGGUCGCUUCGCCAACGGCCGCGUCGAGGAGUUCAUCCAUGCUCGCACUCUCUCUGCACCUGAUCUUCGUGACCCUGAAGUAUCUGCUCUCAUCGCAUCAAAGUUGAGGGAGUUCCAUGUUCUUAACAUGCCUGGUCCAAGAAAAGUUUUCUUGUGGGAAAGAUUAAGACAUUGGCACAAAGAAGCCAUCAAAAUGUGCUCCUCUGAGGAAAUCGAAGAAUUUCGUUUGGAUACAUUUGAUGAUGAGAUAACUACUCUGGAAAACAUAUUGUCCACAGAAGAUCAGAGCAUUGGAUUUUGCCAUAACGAUCUUCAAUAUGGCAAUAUCAUGAUGGAUGAGGAGUUCAGACAAGUGACUAUCAUUGACUACGAGUAUGCAAGUUUUAAUCCUAUCGCGUAUGAUCUCGCCAAUCAUUUUUGCGAGAUGGCUGCAAAUUAUCAUACAGAAACACCGCACAUUUUGGAUUACAAUAAGUACCCAGAUGUCGAGGAGCGCAAAAGAUUUAUUCAGAUAUAUCUUUCUUCAGGCAACGAAACAUCAGAAGACGCGGAAGUCGAGCAAAUGCUGCGGCUCAUCGAGAAAUAUGCUCUUGCCAGUCAUCUUCAUUGGGGUCUAUGGGGAAUUAUAUCGGAACAUGUUAAUGAGAUCGACUUCGAGUACAUGGAGUAUGCAAGGCAGAGAUUUCAGCAGUACUGGUCGAUGAAGCCAGAAGUGUUGUGAUUCCAGUGAAUUGUAUGCUUGUAGUAUCAUCAAAUGUGUUCAUUGCUGAACCCUUUACCGGUGUGUAUUCAUGUAGGUUCAUUACUAAGAUUGUAAAAUUGUCAGGGAAUAAUACAAACUCUUUUGAUGAAAUUGUGUAAUCCUUUCCCUCCA